GGCAGCGGCCCGCCCAAGUCCCCCGGAGCAGGAGAAGCUCCGGGGAACAGAAAGGACGCCUGGGGCAGCCGCAAACGGGAAGGGGGCGAGCCUUCCGAGCGGUUCCCGAUUUGCGAGGACCCCUCCAAGGCGGUGGGGCUGCUUUUGACGGGACCCACAAGACCGCGGACGCGGAGCAUGCAAAAAGAAGGGCCUAGCCAGCCCGCCACCUGCAGCCAGCACAGCGGUGGGGCUUGGCGCGCUGUUUUUGGGAAUCAUAUUUAUACAUAGGGCGCCGAGAAAAGGCGCGUCCUGUUCUUUGUGCAGGGCGGCGGGGGCAUCCACACCAAGAAGGGGCCACCCCCGCGAGGCAAAACGGGGCGGCCCAAACAAAGCGCAAAGCCAUCUCCGGCGCCGUGGCAUGGCCGCAGUUACUUCGCAUGCACCUGCGGGCACAGCAUCACGCGCCGCGCCACCCCUGUCCAGUAUCUAUUAACUCGCCCUCUUAGGGUUGUGCCCCAUUUUCCCGGGGACGAGCGCCACACGCACACCGCGCUAGCACACAGACACGGCCUGCACGGCGCUAGUUACUCCACAGGGCAAGGGAAGCCAGCAGCGCGGGCGAGCUGUGGCGGAACCUCGGGGCGAACCGGCCCGCGAGGCACUGGGGGCAAAUUUCUACUAGUAAGUUUUCUACGUAGUAAACUUUCUACUAGUAGCCUUACUAAUAGGUAGAAUUUUUGCUCCCUUGUUCCGAUAAACUUACUAGUGACGUUGUUUACCAGUAAGAGUUUGCAGAUUUUCGUAAACUAGGAAGAUUUCACUAGUAGAAAUCACACGAAGCGCCAAUCGCAUUUCUUGCCGUAUAGUAAGUAUAGCUGGUAUUGCGAGGCCACCGAACGGCUCUAACCAGGGAGUUUUUUUGGCUUCUCCCGCGCAAAACGACUGGCAGUUUUCAAUCCUACAGAGAGUUCCUAUACAUGAAAAAAGUCACAGCGUGCCAGCCUGUUUGGCUCUCCGGACUCGAAGUGUCGUUAUGUGAGGGAUAAGUCGGCGCUCGUCCUUUCGAAGAGUUAUAUUUAUUUUUGCGGGAAGAAGUAGGAGUUGAAGUAGGCUCAAACGCUUGCACGCGUCUGCGUCGUCGUUUUGGACUGGUGCAGAUAGUGUCGAAAAUUUUGCAAAAGGGUGGCGCACUGCGUUGAGAUUUUUGGGGCCCUCACUCGCUGCUUCUUGCCAUCGCGUCCAUAAUAAAUACUUAAGGCUAUUUGUCAUGAUUUUGGUGAGACUGAGUGGCAAGAAAGAGCGAGAGUCUCCUCCUUGCACUGCGUAGUGAAUAAGUAAUGGAUCUCGGUUUCAAAGACUGGAAUCGGUGAAGAGGCUUCUGCACAUCUCUACAGCAUGCAACGACAUCGCGCUCGGAAUAAUACAUCGUUUUAGAAGAAUCUUUAAGUUCAGGUUGCUACUCUUUGGAGGAGAAGCACGGCACUGUUUGUGAUUUUUACUCACUCAACUUCAUACAUACUCUUUUCGUGCCUUCUGCGGAGCAAGCGCAAGUCCUGUGAUGCCAGAAGUUGAGGCAAACGAACAGCAAGGCGGCGCAAGCCCAACCGCGCAAUCUGGGAGCGCAGAGUCACUUUCUCCUGAACGCAGCCCCGAGCUGAGUCCCGCAGGUCGCAUAUCAGAAGCGAGUCAUGACGAUAGCUUUGUGCCAAAAAAGUUGAAGCCAGAACAAAUUCGGCAACUCAGCAACCAGUCCCUCGGCGACGUCGCAAACCAGUACCACCAGCGGAAGUUUCCGAAGGCCUUUCGUAUAGGAUUUGUCUUGUAUUGCGUGUGAAAUUUGAAUUUCGCGAGAAGUACUCUUUCGCAUGCUUGUCGUAUUGGAGGGCGGUUGGGGCAGUUCGUGUCGCUGUGUCAACACCAAUUUGGUCAUUGACCUCUCUGGUACUACUGAUAGCGAAAGUAAUUCCUGCACCUGUUUUAUUGUAUUGAUGUAUCACUUAACAGGCCAGCGAGACAAAACAGUGGAGAUAAAUAAUUACGCGGGCGUAUCGUGUGCAAAAGCUAUACCGAUCCAUAAGCAACGAGACAUCUUUUGCCACUGCACCGCGAGUCACAGGGCCACAAGCCCAUGAUGCCAGCACGAUAAAGAAAUUUCCCAGCGCGCAUUCACGGAUCAGUCCGGAAUACAGACGGUAGAAAUAUACGACUAUGCAGGCUUGGUUCGAAAGUCAACUUUCAUAGAUAUAGAGCUUUGCUGUACUAGAGAGGACAUGUGGAAGACAUUAACUCACGAGCAUAUAUGUGCCCCACUCUAAGCGCGAUGUGCUCUCGUCGGUAUCUGUGAAAUGAGGACGCGAAGUGUCUCGAAGGCCCCCGUGAACAAGACGAUCACACGUACCAGCUGACGAGCAGAAUGCUUCCAAGCGACUCGCUUGCCUGCUCUGCUUCCUCGCUCUUCAUCCUUGGUUCCCAUGCUCCUUCGUCAUCUCUCCUCCUUGAAAAAUUGAAAUUGUCAGUGUCGUGUGCUAUUGUUGUGUUUCUCUUGAUAAAACUUCUGUCCUGUCGGAUAUCAUUUUGCACAGGAUAGGCAGCUGGUAUCAUUCCUUGCACUCUGGUGGACGGAAAACUACACCUGUUACUCAAUCAGCCCAGGCUAUGGAGGCGUUGGGUGGGAAGUUGUCAAGUUGGGAAUAAUUUGUCAUGCAUAGACGCGACAGCUCCGACACCGACAAGUUGGACGUGGAUUCGCCAUUUUGCAGCGAAGCAUGACAAAUUUACUUUAGCCCCUGAUCCUGAACGGAGUUUUUAUUUUUAGUUCUGGCCACCCGAAUAGCAAUAGCUCCGCAGCGACUUCAUUGAGCCGCAUCUAUGAUGCUUGUGCUCAGGCCCUUUCUUUAGCAUUGUAUGCAACGCGGAGCUUUGGCCCGUGAGCUAGAAAUAAGACACAUGGCGAGCGUUCGUGGUUGCGGUCUGUGUAGUCUGACAAAUCAUUUUGCUUGCGACGUCGCUACAUUGCUGGGAUCAUGAGCGCUGUUGUCCUUUCCUUAGAAUAGAAAUCUGCGCUCGCCCCUGGAGCAGCUCUCCAGCACAGGGAAAUCUGCUUAUUAGUAUAUCAAAGGUUUCUGCGGCUCCUAAGGAAUUUGCUACAACGCUGCUGCUGCAAAGCGGCGCAUCAGGGGUGGCCACUCAAGGUCGAGAAGCUGGCUAAGUGCUGCUGCCACUGAGAAAAAACUACUGUUGCGGCGGCCGCCUUAAGAUUUUUGCCAAGCUGCCACUUUGUAACAGCGGCGCGCUUAAAGGCCGUGAAGGCGGAGGCUCUUUUCUUAAGGAGUUUGCUGAGGGCUCCUUAGCAGCUUUCUACGGAGCUCGCUCAGGGCUUCUUACCCGAUUCCCAAGGAGCUUUUUCAGGGCGCUCCUCAGGAGUUUGCUAAGGGCUCCCGAGCGGCCUCCUUAGGGGCCCGUGCGCUUUGCCUUUUGCGCUUUGGCCUCCUGGCCUUUUCGCUUUGGCCCGUGUUCUCGAUGUGGCUCAGACGCGGGCGCUAAACUUAGCAAGGCAAGGCGUGAACUUUUGCCAUUGCGCCUCCCAUAAUGCCGCGAGCGCAAUUUGUUUGGCUGCGGUUUGCUACUGUAUACCAAAAAAAAAAACGCCGCCGGCGCUCCCCGACCUGAUUCCCCGGAUUUCGGUAAAUGCGAACAGUACUCAAGAACCCUCGCGGAAGAAUUAGAUCCCGCGGGGCCACCUCUUUUUCCGAUCUGAAGUUGUCUAUGUGAUAUUUCGCUGCGUUUUUAUUUUUGUGAUUUGUAUAAAAAAAAAAGAAAAAUCCCGCAGGUUGAAGAGAUCGAAAUCGGAACGGCGACGGAGCUGGGGCGUCGGGUUUGCUUUGGCCGUUUCGCCUUGCUUCGCUUAGGCUCGCCUCUUUUUGCAUUGGCAGGCCGUUCCGCUUUUAUCUUUCCGCCAUGCUUGAUUCUUUCGCUUCGGCCUCUUGUUUCGGUAUCCGGGUAGACCAGGGCCCCUGCUCAGACCAGGGACCCUAGACCAGGGCACCUGGUAAAACCCGGUCCCCUACGAGCUGAUCGCUGCCGCGGGGUGGCCUACUCCUGGCCGAAAAAUGUGCGCCAGCUUGCCAGAGUGCCAGCGGCCCAUUGGCGUGCGCCCGUUCUUUGCAGACGAUUUUGUAGCGGAUUUCCGAAGGGAGGUUCUGCAAUCCUUCCUGGAAUCCGCUGGCCAAAUCUGGCACAUGCCUUCGGGGAGGGGCCCACGCCACCGGGGAACGGCCGACAGACGCGGCGGGAAUCAGGCCCGAGGCUGCCGGAGAGGAUUCAUCCUUUUCGAAGUCCCCGUCUGCCUAAAUCGCGCCACGCCCUCGGGGGCCGGCCGAUUCAACGGCCCGGCAAUAGGGCUCAGACCAUCGGGGAUGGGCCGCGGGGGGCGGAUACUCCGGGAGGGAUUCUGGGGCGAACCCUCGGCGGAGUCCUCUGCCCAUCCAAGUCGGAUACACAGCGCCGGGGAAAGGUCGACGGCCGGGGCUGGCCGAGGGUCGGUGGGGCUUCUGCGGAAUCCCCUGCCCGGAUUGGUCCCCGGCCUUCGGGGGUGGCCGGGGGAGAGCUGUGCGCAGGUUUGCCGGAUCUCACAUCUUGGCCGCAGGCCGUUCGGGGUUGUCUGUCGUAUCCCUCCUCUCGAUUUUGGCGCGAAGCCGUAUCGCUUGCACCAUGUGGCCACAAAUCGAACCGUGCAGCGCCGGCGCGCUACAUUCGUGCGCAAUCUCAAGAGGGACGGCCCUAGAGCGGGGGCAGGGGCAUUCCGGGAAAUUACUUUCCCCGACCGAAGCGAUAGCGUUCGGAGUCGGUGUCGGACUGUGGGUCUGAGUGGCCGCGCCACCGUCUCGAAGCGGAGAAACAGGCUCGGCAGACCGGCUGCCGGUAACGCCGGUCCAGAUGGACCCUGCCUGGCCGCGGGAAGUGCGCUUGCUUGACGAUCUCCCACCUGGGUAUUCCAUACAAGCACGGGAAGAAGGCCGGGGUCAGGUGGUAUGACUUCGGAGGAAAGAAAAAGGACAAACUAUUAUCCCGUGUGAAGUGGUCCCCAUCCCGAUGGUCGUGUCGCAUAUAUACUCAAAUAUAUAGUGGAUGCGCAGCAAGUCAUUCGGUUUCCCGUGACAGUCGCUUUCUACCAUUGUUGGGCAUUUUCGUCAAUAGUCUAAUAAGGAUAAGGGAGUGGUGCUACUAUACACGCUGAGCACGCGACGGCGCUGGGCGUCAGACGUAUUGUGCGGAAUUGUGAAAGUUUCUGGAUUUCUUGUGUUGGAACUCGUUACGUGAGUCUGGCAUGGGGGUGGUUUUGCACGGGAUAAGUAUGAAAUUGAGCUCCAUGCUCUCGCCCAAGAAAAAAUACAACCCGGUAACUCGCACACCUAUGUAAGUAUGCUACUUACGGGGCGUAACUAACUAGUGAGUCACUGCUGUUGUAGUGAUAGUCUUCGCUAUCACUUAUUUUUCUGUCAGGGAUUUUCUCGUAAAAGGCUCACGUAGAAGUGAGCACAAGUGGCUCUUCGAUCAGGAGUCUCAACGUUGAAUAUCAAGUUGUGCUGCAGUCUUCUACCCAUCAAAAACAACAAACGCUGUGCGUUUUUGGAUGGGCUUUCUUAGUAUUGCAGCGUCAGUCCCGGUCGUGAAUCUUUCUUAUGCGGUCUUUUCUGCACAUAGUCUGUGCAUCGCGAGAUAUUUUUCGCAGAUGGUGUUACACGGAUACAAUACAUAUAACGCGACGCCGUCUUUUUCUCGGGUGGGGAGAGUUUUCGAUAUGAUUGAAGGUGGAGUUACCAAUCGAGUGCGGUAGUGAAUGAUUUUUUUUUCUAAGCGAAGUAAAGUCAUGGUCGCGUAAGACUCCGAGCUUCUCGUUCCUAUUGGUGAUGUACUCAUGUUGGGUCGCUUGACAUGCACGAAGAAGAAGGAGAUAACUGCUUGCUUCAAAACAAGAGAGACAAAAACCAUGUACAUAGCGAAAAAAUUUCCUCAGCCUGCCGGAAGUUCACGAAGUACACAUACGGCCUCUUCGCGAUUGAUACGGACUGGGCUUCAGCAGAUGUGCUGGACUAUCGAUGUUUUAGACAGGGCGUUUCAAGACGGUGCAAGCGGUUUGCCUUGCAUGAUGUGUCUCAGCAACAGAAAAUAUUAGAUAUCGCGGGCGGCUUUUUUGGCAUCUCCCUCGCAAAACGACCGGAAGUUUUCAAGCCUGCCGCGGUUUUUUUUCAUAAAAGAGCUUCACUUUCUAAUUGGCCAGGACUCCGCCGUCAAAGAACCCCGACGGAAUUGUAUUUGCCUAAAGUCGACACAUGGGAGUCGGCACAAGUGACUCCCCAGUGGGGCGCCCGGCAUUUCAGAUGCCGCCGCUUGAGGGCGCCCAGAAAGGGCCCUCAAAAAAUUGCGAACAAACAAAAACCGCGAACCCGCAUGGAGGUGUGGGCGCCACUUUGGCCCACUUUGGAAGGCUGCAAAAGUGGCAGCCGAAAUGGCCCACGUCGGUGGCGCACUUGUACCGCGGUGGGCAGCGCAAAGCGUGCGCGCUUUUGAUUCAAAAAAACAAAAGCGCACUAAGUCUGCCAAAAUCGUUAAACAGCCCGCAUGCUGCGGGCCCGGUUUGUGGCCCCCAAGGGGCCGGCCUUGGCGGGGACCAGGUUUGAUUUUGUGAAGUCGGAAAGCUGUUAAGGUAUGGCCGCGACCUAUGUUACAUGUGCGCCAGGCCAUGAGGGAUAGCAUUAUGCGCGCGGCGGGUAUGGCGCACGGCAGGAGCAGGGCCCUGGGAGCCCGGAUGCCCCAAUACGUCGAGCGCCUUGACAAAAAAGCCGCAAAGAAACCACGGAGAGAGGCGGCUGCCUGUUAUAUAAUGGUAGCGGCGUCGGGUUCUGCGUGCGAACGCGAAGUCAAUGCAAAUAUGCCGCUGCGUCGAGUGCCGCAGAUCUGAGGGCCUACAUCAGCCCACCCCUUUGCAUUUUUCUAUGAAGUGACUUCACAUGGAGCGUGCUAAUCUGGUGGCUUUUUUGACAUGUCCCGCGCAAAGCGACCGGCAGUUUUCAAACGGCCGGACGUGUUUUUUCACAAAAAAACAAAAAGCCUCUCCCUAUCCAGCGAUCCUGGCAGACCCGGUGCUUACUCGCCGGCGGAUUCUACCGACCAGCGCAUGAAAAAACGACGCAGAUGAAGAAGACGAGCCGACAAAAAUCGCGCCCUUCUAGGGCGCGCCCGGCCUCGGAUUCCGCCUAUUUGGGGCGCCCAAAAAGGGACGCCAAAGAAGCGGCAGCGCGAAAAAUACAGCGAAGCCGCAUAGUAUGGGCCUUAUUUCGGCCCACAUUGGGGCUCCACAAAAGUUGCCAACAAGGCCGAGCACUUCGGAGGCCGGCGGAAGGCCAUACGUUGCGUUUUUGCGACAAGAAAAAAUAAACACAGCGCCGCCUGCCGAAAAGUGAAAGCUAAUCCGCAUACCUUGGGCCCGAGUUCGGGCGCUCAAGGGGCCGGUCCCGGUGGCCGGCCAGGCUGGGCCAUAGCAUGCGUAGAGGGCUCCCCUUUUCGAACUGAAGCGGCUGGCAACUUUGGGCCGCGACUUUUAUCGGCCGCCGCGCCGUCGCGCAGGCAUAACAUUAAGCGCGGCGGCAUGUUGGUAGCCAUAGAAGUGCGGGUUCUUGGCUUGAGGACAAAAAACCCGCUAUGACCUCACUACCCCCCCCCUUGUCUCUAUUCAGAAGCCGCGCGCAGGCACGCAGUCCCGGCAUCCCCCGCGUAGCCGCCCAAACCACUCAAGAUACCGGCCCACGGAGGAGCCCGGCCGUUCUGCGGCGUUUUAUUUUGUGUUCGAAUAGGCACCGGCACACAGACGUCACGGGCUGCGCUGCGGCACUGCUGCUUGAUGACACUUUACUAUAGAGGAGGGCGCCCGCACCGCUGCUGUCGACAAGGACCGCGCCCGGUCGUUAACAGGGCUUCGCCGUCUUGGGGCGGUGUCGCGGGUGGCCCCUACAAAUUGCAAACCGGCUGAAAACGGACCGGAAGGUAGGCGUCUGAUAGGGCUUUCCCCCACGUCCUCCCGGAGGGUCUUGAGUAGUCACUUGCGACAUCAUACAUACCGCAAUGAGCUUUCCUCUUUAGGGGGAAAUUUAAGCGUCACAAGGUGGGACGGGCUGCACCUGCGAGCCAAGAUCCCAAGUAAGGUGAAAUUAGUACCGUCAGGAUCAAUCUCUGAUGUCGCUUUGAGAAGCUGCGGGAGUGAUUCGUUUCUGCGUGAUUUAGCCUUUUUCCAUUUUGAAAUGUCCCUGAUUGGAACCGCUAUACUCACGAGGUGUCCGAGAUCUACACACGAAAAGAAAGCAUGGAAAGAAAAUGCUGUCUCAUAAAGACGUUGUAG